AUGACUGACGUUACUGAUCCAAAAUCAAAGAGUUUUCCCUCUAUGCCAGCAGCCUUCUUUUCAGAUGAUGAAGACUCAGCUGCUACAGAUGAUAACGCAUCCACCUAUGAAGAUGAUGCAGUAAUUCAACAAGUAGACGAUAGUAAUAGGGAAUUUGCAUCAACAUCUGUUUCUUCAUCUGCUUCUACAUUUAAGACUAGAAGGCCAAAAAAAAGUAGUAAAAACUCAAAAUCAAAUAGCUUAAAUCAAGUGAAUGAAAAGGAUAAAGCUUUCUUGUCAGCAGAUGGUAAUAGUUUAAACGUGCCUGCCGAUUUUAAACCAGAUUCUGUUUCAGGAAUAUUUAGAAAUUACGAUUUCAGUUAUUUAAAAUUAAGACCGGAUCAUUCAUCAAGGCCUAUUUGGAUUUGCCCAAAUGAUGGUAGAGUUAUUUUAGAAAGUUUCUCACCAUUAGCUGAACAAGCUCAAGAUUUCUUGGUAACCAUUGCUGAACCAGUAAGUAGACCUUCUCAUAUACAUGAAUAUAAAAUUACUGCCUAUUCAUUAUAUGCGGCAGUGUCUGUUGGUUUAGAAACAGAUGAUAUUAUCUCUGUUUUAGAUAGACUCUCAAAGGUGCCGGUAGCACCAUCAAUUAUUAAUUUUAUUAAAGGUGCUACUGUUUCCUAUGGUAAAGUGAAAUUAGUUAUUAAACAUAACAGAUAUUUUGUUGAGACUACACAAGCUGAUAUAUUGCAAAUGUUACUUAGAGAUUCAAUUAUUGGUCCAUUGAGAAUCGAUAACGAUCAACAGAAACAAUUAGAACUACAGGAGUUAGAAAAACAAAAGUAUCAAAAAAAUGGCAUUAAACCAACUCAACAAAAUAAAUCAAAAAAUAUUGAUCCAAAUGAUGUUGAAGCUAUGUUUUCUGCAGUAGUUGGUGGUGAUAAUGAUAUCGAAGAUGAUGAUGAUGACUUAGAUGCUGUUCAUUCCUUUGAAAUUGCCAAUGAAGCGGUUGAAAUUGUAAAGAAACGUUGUCAAGAAAUCGAUUAUCCGGUGUUGGAGGAAUACGAUUUUAGAAAUGACCAUCGUAAUCCAGAUUUGGAUAUUGAUUUGAAACCUUCUACUCAGAUUAGACCUUAUCAAGAAAAAUCAUUGAGUAAAAUGUUUGGUAAUGGUCGUGCAAGAUCAGGUAUUAUUGUUUUACCAUGUGGUGCUGGUAAAACUUUAGUCGGUAUUACUGCAGCUUGUACCAUUAAAAAAUCGGUUAUUGUUCUAUGCACAUCGUCUGUGUCUGUUAUGCAAUGGAGGCAACAAUUUUUACAAUGGUGUACUCUACAGCCGGAGAAUUGUGCAGUUUUCACUUCAGAUAACAAAGAAAUGUUCCAAACAGAGUCUGGUUUGGUCGUAUCAACUUACUCUAUGGUAGCUAAUACAAGAAAUAGAUCUCAUGAUUCUCAAAAAGUUAUGGAUUUCUUAACUGGAAGAGAAUGGGGGUUUAUUAUUUUGGAUGAAGUUCAUGUCGUACCAGCUGCUAUGUUUAGAAGAGUUGUUUCUGCUAUUGCAGCACAUGCAAAGUUAGGGUUAACUGCUACUUUAGUCAGAGAAGAUGAUAAGAUUAGUGAUUUGAAUUUCUUGAUUGGUCCAAAAUUAUAUGAAGCAAAUUGGAUGGAAUUAUCACAAAAAGGGCACAUUGCUAACGUCCAAUGUGCUGAAGUUUGGUGUCCAAUGACAGCUGAAUUCUAUCAAGAAUAUUUAAGAGAAAACGCAAGAAAGAGGAUGUUACUGUACAUUAUGAAUCCAACAAAAUUCCAAGCAUGCCAAUUUUUAAUACAAUAUCAUGAACGUAGGGGUGAUAAAAUCAUUGUGUUUUCUGAUAAUGUGUAUGCUUUACAGGAGUAUGCCCUAAAAUUAGGUAAACCAUUUAUUUAUGGUUCUACACCUCAGCAAGAGCGUAUGAAUAUUUUACAAAAUUUCCAAUAUAAUGAUCAAAUUAACACUAUUUUCUUAUCAAAGGUUGGUGAUACUUCCAUUGAUUUACCAGAAGCAACAUGUUUGAUCCAAAUUUCUUCUCAUUAUGGUUCUCGUCGUCAAGAAGCUCAAAGAUUGGGUAGAAUUUUGAGAGCUAAGAGACGUAAUGAUGAAGGUUUCAACGCUUUCUUUUAUUCUUUAGUAUCUAAGGAUACCCAAGAAAUGUAUUAUUCAACUAAGAGGCAAGCUUUUUUGGUUGAUCAAGGUUAUGCUUUCAAAGUUAUCACUCAUUUACACGGUAUGGAAAAUUUACCAAAUCUAGCGUAUUCCUCUGCUAGAGAACGUAGAGAAUUGCUACAAGAAGUUUUGUUAAAGAAUGAAGAAGCAGCUGGUAUUGAAAUUGGUGACGAUGCGGAUAAUAGUAUCGGUCGUGGUGGUAACGCUCAUAAAAAGAUGAGAUCUAAGGCAGUAAGAGGCGAAGGUUCUUUAGCUGGUCUUGCUGGUGGUGAAGAUAUGGCCUACAUGGAAUACAGCACCAAUAAAAAUAAAGACCUAAAGGAACAUCAUCCAUUGAUUAGAAAAAUGUACUAUAAAAAUUUAAAAAAAUAA